GCCGAAGUUUUUGGGCAUGUCAUGCAAGUGCGUGCUGCUACCAGACGCCCCGCGAAUCAUGUACCUGUUGGCCUGGCGGAUACGAACAGUCGAAAGGACAUCGAAUUAACAAGACAGGUCACUUCUUGGUCGCCAGGAGUGAGCGGGCGCGGGGCACACAAUGUCCCUCUUACGACCCACGGGCGUCGCACUCGCGCGGCGAUUCUGUACCUCCGCACACGUCGAGCAAGCCCCACGGUCGCGCAUACUCUCGCUGAUACAGUCACACGGCACACGGCGGAUGCAAUGUCGCGCCUUCAGUCACACCUCCCGCUUCUCCGCCAAAGUCAUAGACCCGCCACAGAACCCCACGAACCCAAAGCACCAGAAGCGCACCGUGCAAAUAGGGCCGCUGCCCGACGGCCGCGUCAAUGACAGCACCGUGCAACGCAUCUUCGGCCGCCGGCUCUCGCCCACCGACGGCAACAAUGUCCUGCGCAUCCUGCACCACCGCCGCACCGCCGGCUCGCUGGCCGACUACGGCGUCGACAACUUGGGCAAGCAGUACACGCACGUGAACCGCGACACGGCCCUUAGGGGCCUCGAGUGGCUGCGCGAGCAAUACCCCAUCGACGAGGCGCGUGCGGCAGAGGAAUGGGCCGAGAAGGAGGCCAACCGCAUCUCGUACGAGCUCUGGCUGGCCGACCCCGAGACAGAGUCCAAGUACAAGGACCCCGCUCGCGCCUUCCGCGAGAAGAUGCAGGAGGAAGAGGAGGCUGAGCGACUGCGCCAGGAGCGCGACGGGGAGAGGAUCGGCAUACUGCAUGUCGGCAAGUCGCAGUUCGAGCGCAACAUCGAGGAGAAGCGGCGGCAGCGGCUGGAGGAGGUGACCAAGAAGGCCGAGGAGAAGGAGGCCAAGGAGCGCGAGAUGGAGGAGAAGCUCGCCAGCGGGGAGUGGGUGCGCACCCCGACGGGCACCCAGCUCAUGAAGCCGGGCCAGACGGCCUACGUCGAUGUGUUCGGCCGCGAGCAGGUCAGCCGCCGCAAGGAGGAGCUGGUGGCGUACCAGAAAAAGUCCGAGACGACGUUCGAAGAUGAGCAGGACAUGCUCUCCAAGACCACCCUCUCCGAACGCCUCUACCCCAUGACCGCCUUCGUCCUGCUCACCGUCGCCCUCUCCACCGCCUUCGCCUACAACUACGCCCCGCCCGCGCCCGCCUACCGCAUCUUCCCCGACCUCUCCCCGACCCUCGCCACAAUCGGCACCCUGGUCGCCCUCAACGGCGCCGUCGCAAUCGCCUGGCGCAUCAUGCCCCUCUGGCCCCUCAUGACGCGCUACUUCAUGCACGUCCCGGGCUACCCGCGCGCCGUCCAGGCCAUCCUCAACGUCUUCUCCCACGUCCAGUACGAGCACUUCCUCGCAAACAUGAUGAUGCUGUGUCUCGUUGGCCCCGUGUGUCACGACCUCGUCGGCCGCGGCGUCUUCAUGGGCACGUAUCUCAGCGCCGGCGCGGUCGGCACCCUCGCUAGCUUGUACUGGGCGAACCUUGGUCGCGGCAAUAUCGCUGCCCAUUCCGUCGGCGCUUCGGCUGCGCUGUGGGGCGUGUCGGCUGUCUACUGCUUGUUGACUGAGCAGGAGCGCAUACAGAUCCCCUUCGUCAAGGACCAGAGCGUGUCCUUCUGGCCCAAGGUGCUGUUCUGCGCGUUUGUUGCUGCUGAAUUACAUGGCGCGCUUAAGAAGAAGAAGGUUAGUACUAUGGACCACGCGAGCCACUUUGGAGGCAUGUUCGUUGGUGUCAGUGUGGCUGGGUACAUGAGGGCGACGGGGUGGCAUGGGAAGAAGUUGGAUACAGUAGGGGAAGGGCAAGAUAGUGUGCAGGAGCGGACUGGCGUCGAGGGCACGACGGUGGAUGUCGGUGCCAUGGUGAGGGAGGAGGCCAAGCAAGUCCGGGACAGCGUGUCGCGGAUUGGGAAGUAGACGACGUGUUGCUGUCGAUGUUGUAUGUAAUUAUACAUGUAUAGAAUAUAUAGCGUACAAGGAGAUGCCGAAUGUUUAUACAUAGGAUUUCGACUUCAGCAGAACUCC